UCAAGAGACUAACAAGAGACAAAGAUCAUGGUGUCGGCUGGGCUUCAGUUACUGGGCACUGCCCUGGCCAUCAUAGGAUGGAUCGGUGUCAUUGUGGUCUGUCAUAAACACAUUCACAAAGCAGACUUCAUCAUUGGUAAUGUCAUCAUCACAGCGCAGACUUCAUGGGAGGGAAUCUGGAUGAACUGUGUUGUGCAGAGCACAGGACAGAUGCAGUGUAAAGUCUACGACUCCAUGCUGGCCCUCACCUCAGACCUUCAGGCCGCCCGUGCCCUCACCAUCAUUGCCAUCGUGAUUGGGAUCCUGGGCAUCAUGCUGGCCAUGGCUGGAGGCAAAUGCACCAAUUGCGUUGAGGAUGAGAGCGCCAAAUCUAAGAUCGGUAUCACUGCUGGUGUGAUUUUCAUCAUUGCUGGAGUGCUGUGUCUGAUCCCGGUGUGUUGGACGGCCCAUGUCAUCAUCCAGGACUUCUACAACCCCUUGGUCCACCAAGCACAGAAGAGAGAACUGGGAGCAGCUCUUUACAUCGGCUGGGCAGCCGCUGGUCUGUUGAUCAUCGGGGGAGGAUUGCUCUGUUGCAACUGCCCACCAAAGGAAGAAGCGGGAAAAUACACAGCCAAAUAUAAUGCUGCACCUCGGUCUGGAGCUUCUGCACCAUCCGGCAAGAACUUUGUGUAAAUGAUGAACUCUGAAAUGAACUCUAUAGUGCCUAUAAUGUUUACAGUCUUGGUUUGACCAGGAUGUAGCUGCUCAAAAAUAGUGAAAAGCAGUCAAUUAAACACUGAUGCUACAAGUUUUCUAAAUAUUUUCUACAUACUGCAUAAAACAAUGAGGAAAAUGGGGACCCACAUAAAAAAAAAAAAAAAAACUCUGCAGUUAAAGGAGGGUAAUCUGAAAUCUGUCUAAUGAUCAAUUUUUCCUCUCAAACCAUUUGUCAUUUUUGAUGUUUUUUCUUUCCAUU